CUUAUCAUCUUCAUCUUCAUCUUCUUCACCACUCCAUUUUUCAGCUUCAUUAUUCUUCACCAUUCACAACAAUGGAUUCCACAGCCAAAAACGCUGAAACCCCCGAAGAAACCCAACAAGACCAAACCCAGAUUCAUCAAAACCCACUCCCACUUCUUCCCACUGCUUCAAUCUCACUCUCUCUCUCCGCUCUAAUCCCUUCCCAUUUCCUCCCACCCAAACAAUUCGCCGCCGCUUCUUCAAACAAACUCAAAAUCCCAUCUCAAAUCUCCUCUCUCUCCCACUUUUCUCUCUCCUCUUCCCUCCCCCAACCAAAAGCCUUCUUCAAAUCCACCAUCUCAGCCAACCCUCUCCAGAACACUCUCACUCUUAACCCCCUCCGCCCAUCCAACCCCUCCGGCGCCGCCGCACUCCGCCGCGCCGCCGUCGUAUGGUUCCGCAACGACCUCCGCAUUCACGACAACGAGUGCCUCACCUCCGCCAACAACGAUUCCGUCUCCGUCGUCCCGGUUUACUGCUUCGACCCUAGAGACUACGGUAAAUCCACGUCCGGCUUCGACAAAACCGGACCCUACCGAGCAACAUUUCUGUUGGAAUCCGUUGCCGAUUUGCGGAAUAACUUGCAGGCGCGUGGGUCGGAUCUCGUGGUGAGAAUCGGGAGGCCCGAGAGCGUGUUGUUGGAGGUGGCUAAAGCCGUGGGAGCUGAUGCGGUUUAUAUGCACAGAGAGGUUUCGCACGACGAAGUUAAAGCGGAGGAGAAGAUAGAGGAGGUUAUGAAGGAUGAGGGAGUUGAGGUGAAGUACUUCUGGGGAAGCACGCUGUACCAUUUGGAGGAUUUGCCGUUUGAGUUGGAGCAAAUGCCGACGAAUUACGGAGGAUUUAAGGGAAAGGUGCAGGGUUUGGAGGUGAGGAACACUAUUGAGGCAUUGGAUAAGAUGAAGGGAUUGCCUAAAAGAGGGGAUUUAGAGCCUGGUGAGAUUCCUUCCUUGAUGGAUUUGGGGCUCAACCCGAAUUCCACAUUGAGUCAGAAUGGGAAAACAGCUGCCAAUGCUUCUCUUGUGGGUGGAGAGACUGAAGGCUUGCAGAGACUGAGAAAUUUCGCCUUAGAAUGCAAGGCAAAACCGAACAAUGGAUCUAAGGAUGGAACCAAUGAUAACAUUUACGGCGCAAACUUUUCGUGCAAAAUAUCUCCAUGGCUUGCCAUGGGAUGCCUUUCUCCUCGAUCCAUGUUUGACGAGCUCAAGAAAUCUGCUUCAAGCAUGAUUUCUGCUGCGUCCAACAAGAAAAACGGCGGAACUGGUGCAAGUGAUACUGGGAUGAAUUGGUUAGUGUAUGAGCUUUUGUGGAGGGAUUUUUUCAGAUUCAUUACGAGGAAAUACAGUACCUCAAAGCAACAGAGUUAUGCACCAGCUACAGCUUGUACAGGUGCUGCUGCCUGAAAUAGAAAGUAGAUGACAAGUAAAAUGGGCAAGUUUCUAAUCAUCCAUCCCUUUGUAUCUUGUAAUCAUUAUCAUAUGUUAGCACUGUCUUUUGUAAUGAGAAUAAUAAUACUGAAAAGUUGCUCAAUUCACCAGCAAGACUACAGGUGAAUUUGAUUGUACUGUGCUACUGAGAUGAAUGCUCAGGUUUUGGGGGAUUUUGAAUUUUUUUUUUUUUUUUUGCCA